AUGACGAGUGCGGCAGCCACUCGGCCAGCAAGUCCCGAACCAUCUCGAACCGCCCCACCCCCUGACGGCAACCAUCCCCCAAGUGCCAUGCUUCAAGCCUUCGAUGCCAGCACGCACAUAUGUAUUUUUCACGUAUAUGCGAGCAACAUAUACUCACCACGAAUCAACGGUGGUAGCCACGUCAAGACCGGCCAGGGUACCAGGGAGAACCAGCCGGGACUCUGCGAGACCCUGCACCCGGAAAGCGACUGCCAGUCUGGGGAUGUUCGACUUUUGAUCGGCCGCGGAGGAUGGGCACAGGUCAGUCGUCAAGAGUUCUUAAUUUUCUGUUUGGCUUUUCGUCUUCGAGGCAGGGUUUUCGUUUGUGAGAAAUUUUUUACGGAUUUCUUCCAACGCGAGUGGAUUGUGCGAGAUGUUUUUAUGGUUUUCGAAAUUUUUGGAAAUAGAGGUGAUGGUUUGUUGGAGCUGAUGCUGAUAGUGUCAGACAGGCUUCUGGAUAUUCUAUGCGAUGUAUGUGGUGACCGUAGCUCAGGAAAACACUACGGUAUCUACAGCUGCGACGGAUGUUCAGGAUUUUUCAAGAGAAGUAUACACAGUAAUCGUGAAUACACGUGCAAGGCUCAAGGACCUAUGAAGGGGCGCUGCCCCAUUGACAAAACUCAUAGGAAUCAGUGUCGUGCUUGUCGCCUAAAGAAGUGUUUUGAAGCUCGCAUGAACAAAGACGCAGUACAACAUGAGCGGGGUCCUCGAAAAGCGAAACAGCAUACAGUGCUACCUGACAAACAUCAGCAGCAGUCUUCAAUUUUAACGCAACUCUCGCCUCAUUCAGGAAAUCCGGUUCACCACAACGGGACACGAAUGGACAUAAACCCAUCUCACGCUUUCGGACCGAUCAGGGGAUUCCGGUUGGAUCACAGGUUUAAGCCCUAUGCUCCACCACUGCACAUUCACAAGUCAUCAGAAGAUUCUCCAUCUCCGGCACCAUUGGCUCUAACUCAUCCUCCCUCGACUACGACCCUCUAUCACUCCACCACUGUCACCGUCGCACCGCAACCUCCCCUUCUACAGAUAAUUAUGUCUGCAGAGAAAUGCCAGGAAUUAGGCUGGAAUGCUCGUUUGCAGCCAGAAAUAGAAGGUUCUUUAGACCAGACGGAAACAGAAGCCAGUCGGAGUCCACCUAGAGUUCCACCGAUUUUUAGUCCCACUUGGGAAGUUUUACAAGAAACGACAGCCAGAUUACUCUUCAUGGUCGUCCAAUGGGUUCGAUGUUUAGCACCGUUUCAGGCAAUUCCUGAAAGCGAUCAACGUCUCCUCUUGGAGGAAACCUGGACUCAACUUUUCCUUCUUCACCUCGCUCAGUGGUCCGUUUCCUGGGACUUUACAGGACUCUUGGAUGAUGAACACGUGCGAAGGAGGCUACCUGAUAACGCAUCUCGUCAAGAACUAAGAACAAUUCAGAAAAUAAUGUACCAGUUUAGACAAAUUGCUCCUGAUGGCGGCGAAUGUGGUUGUAUGAAGGCUGCAGCUUUAUUCACACCAGAAGUUACGGAUCUCAGUGCUCCAGAAACAGUUGAGAUGCUUUAUAUUCAAGCUCACUGCAUCUUUUAUGACUAUUCGACAUCUCGCUACUUGCAUCAAAAAUUUUGGAGACUAAUGCGUUUGCUUCGAUUAUUAAACGAUGUUAAACCAAAAACCAUCGAACUCUUAUUUUUUCGAGAAACUAUUGGACAAAUACCGAUAGCGCAUUUAUUGGACAACAUGUAUAAAAUGGAACCUUAUACUCCUAGUAAUCAUUGUUAGAGAACCCUAUUCCGUGGUCUGACAGUAAUAGUAUUUUACACAUCUUCGAAAUUUCGACUUCAUCGAAAGAGAAUAUUUUUCUGGAGGACGUGAAAAUAUUGUUAUGAUUUUCGCGCGCUGCAUUCUGUAU